UUUUGCCUCAUCCUUUUCCUCGUCUUCGUCGUCGUCCCGAGGGCAGCUGCUGCGAUGCCGCUUUACGAGGGCCUCGGGAGCGGCGGCGAGAAGACCGCGGUGGUGAUCGACCUGGGCGCGGCCUACACCAAGUGUGGCUUUGCAGGCGAAACAGGGCCAAGAUGUGUUAUCCCUAGCGAAAUAAAGAAACCUGGCAUUUCAAAGCCUGUCAAAGUUGUUCAGUACAACAUCAAUACGGAGGAGUUAUAUUCGUACCUGAAGGAGUUCAUCCACAUGUUAUACUUCAGGCACUUGCUGGUAAACCCCCGAGACCGCCGUGUUGUGAUUGUGGAGUCUGUACUGUGCCCUUCCCAUUUCAGAGAGACGCUUACAAGGGUUUUGUUCAAAUAUUUUGAGGUUCCUUCGGUGCUCUUUGCCCCAGGCCACCUGAUGUCUCUCCUGACCCUUGGGAUCAAUUCUGCUAUGGUCUUGGAUUGUGGCUAUACAGAAAGCAUGGUGCUCCCCAUCUAUGAAGGAAUUCCAGUUCUGAACUGCUGGGGGGCGCUACCAUUGGGAGGAAAAGCCAUUCACAAAGAGCUGGAGUUCCAGCUGCUGGAGCAAAGCACUGUGGAUACAGGAACCACCAAAGGACAGAGCCUUCCCUCGGUGAUGGGUUCUGUUCCAGAAGACAUUGUAGAAGACAUCAAAGUUCGCACCUGUUUCGUGAGCGACCUCCAGCGGGGGCUGAAAAUCCAGGCGGCGAAAUUCAACCUCGACGGCAGCGCUGAGGUACGUGAGGAAGGAGCUGAAUUUCCCCUUUCAGUAAGAAUGAACUUGAUUCCCUUCUCUUUCGCUUUUGGCCUUCUGACAGCCUCUUUUGUAUUGCAGCGACCCGCUCCACCUCCAGACGUGGACUAUCCGUUGGACGGACAGAAGAUUUUGCACGUGAACGGAGCAAUCAGGGAUUCGGUCGUCGAAAUACUCUUUGAGCAGGACAACGAAGAAAAAUCGGUGGCUACCUUGAUCCUGGAUUCACUGGUUGAGUGCCCAAUAGACACCAGGAAGCAGCUGGCUGAGAACCUGCUGGUGAUUGGCGGCACUGCCAUGUUGCCAGGAUUCCUGCACAGAUUAAUGGCAGAGAUAAGGCACCUGGUGGAGAAGCCCAAGUAUAAGGAGACGUUGGCAUCCAAGACCUUCCGAGUGCACACGCCACCAGCCAAGCCCAACUGCGUGGCCUGGUUAGGAGGAGCAAUCUUUGGAGCCCUCCAAGACAUCCUGGGGAGUCGUUCUGUGUCGAAAGAAUACUACAACCAGACAGGCCGCAUCCCCGACUGGUGUUGCCUCAAUAAUCCUCCACUGGAAAUGAUGUUUGAUGUUGGGAAAACACCACCACCCCUGAUGAAAAGGGCCUUUUCCACAGAGAAGUAGGAGUCUGCCUGAGACACACGGGUCUUGUUUGCAUUGCGGCACACACUCCCUCCCUCCCUCUCUCCCUCCCUUCUCCUGAGGUUGGACUGUGAUGGAGCUGGAAGCACACACGUUCAAGCAAGCCAGCAGGGUCCAAUUUUGGAGCACUAGACAAGCUAUCAGCAACUUCUGCUUCCCCAACUUAAGAUGACGCCCCAAUGAUAAUGUUUAUUUAUAUGUACAGUCAUUACAAGGGCCUGAGCUUUCGACCUUUGUUAUUAUUUAAAGCAUUCAAAAACUUGUCGGAACCUGAAAACUGCACUUCCAGCGUUCUCUGCCAAACUCAAUGUAAUGUUUUAUUUCACACUUAGUAGUUCAUUAAAAUGUGUAAUUUAUCAGU